ACGCAGUACACGUCUCCCAUAAAGUAUAACUCUGAUUAACCAACUCGCUAAUAGGAAGAUACUGUUUUGAUCAGUCCGCGUAAACAAAAUCUUCAUACCCUACGUCUACCAAUCUGUGUAAAUCAAGCGUCUCUUCCAAAUUCCAACUCGUCGAGUCAAUCAGAUUCAUAUCAGUGCUGAUCUCAAAGGGUCUGCUUUAUACUCGGGCAUCUCAAUCACAAAAGCUCAGCUUUUCAUAUGUUCUCCAUUCAAAGAUCCUUAAGUUGUCCCUAUAAAUAGUCUUAGACCCCAAAGCUCCUCCUUAUAGGCAUUCAAAUCCUGACCCAACUCAACCAGUGACCGAUCGACUUCGGCUUAGAUCGAUUCGGUCUGGUGGUUUUGGGUUUGUAACAAGUCCAAAGAUACAUAACCAGCUCUCAUCAACGUACACACCUAGGUUUUCCAUUUUCGAGGUUAAAAUUCUUCGGGGAAACGGAAUAUCAUUGUAAAAAUAUGGAGAAGGUGACGAGGUUGGCGUCGGAAAAAGACGUGGUGAUAUUCAGCAAGAGCUCAUGCUGCUUGUGCUACUCAGUGAAAGUUCUGUUUCAGGAACUGAUGGUGAAGCCUAAGGUGUACGAAAUUGACCAAGACCCUGAAGGCAGAGAAAUGGAGAAAGCUCUCGUGAGUCUGGGCUGUUCCACUCCUGUGCCUGCCGUUUUCAUCGGAGGCAUUUUCGUGGGCUCCACUAACCAAGUCAUGUCCCUCCACCUCAGCGGAACCCUCACCCAGCUCAUUCAACCUUAUAAAUUUGCCUGACCCUUCACAGAAGAUCACUACGUUCACACAACCCACAAAUAUAUAUAUAUAUAUAUAUAUAUUCCUCCUACCAAAAUAAACUCUGUUGAAAAGUCUGUGUAGUGAUCGACGUUCUAGGUAUGAUUAUUAUAUAUGGAUGAAGUGGUCUGUAACAUUUUAGCUAUACUUUAAUCUCUUGGUAUAUUCCAUAUGGAGUUUCUUUUGUAAAUCCUGAAAUUGCACCAUUUAUAUGCAUGUCAAGUGGCCCCACCACUUCGUUCAUGACUUU